CCCCCCGGAGCUGCCAGGAUCGUGCCCUCCGGCCGCGUCACAUACCUCCUCUUGCAAGGCUGAACCGGCCGGAGCACCGGCUGCUCCUGGCGAGGCUGCAGGGCAGGGGCGCAUCGGGCAGCUCUUCCGUCCUUGGAGGGCGCCGCCAGGAAGGAGAGCACAGGCCUCCUUGGGGGGGACCUGCAGGCCAGGGUCUGCCCCCCACCUGGGGAAAAGAUGCCCGGGAACAGGCCGAGGGGCCGCCGCAUCUCCGCCGAUCACGGUCCGCUCACGUUUCUUGCAGUGAGUUGUUCUCCCCGUCGCAGAAGUAUCAGCUGCUGGUGCAUCAUGCCGAUUCCCUCUUCCAUGACAAGGAGUACCGAAACGCCGUCAGCAAGUACACCAUGGCCCUGCAGCAGAAGAAGGCCCUGAGCAAAACCUCCAAAGUCAGGCCGUCCACCGGAAGCGCAGCCUCUGCCCCCCAGAGCCAGUGCCUGCCUUCUGAAAUCGAGGUGAAGUACAAAAUGGCCGAGUGCUACACCAUGUUAAAGCAAGACAAAGACGCUAUUGCUGUCCUCGAUGGCAUCCCCUCGAGGCAGAGGACCCCCAAGAUUAACAUGAUGCUGGCCAGCCUGUACAAGAAGACGGGCCAGGAGCGCUCCUCGGUGACCAGUUACAAGGAAGUUCUGAGGCAGUGCCCGCUGGCUCUCGAUGCCAUUCUAGGCUUGUUGUCGCUCUCGGUGAAAGGCGCAGAAGUCGCUUCCCUGACCAUGAAUGUGAUCCAGAGCAUUCCGAACCUGGAUUGGCUGUCGGUGUGGAUCAAAGCGUACGCGUUUGUGCACACGGGCGAUAACUCCAGGGCAAUCAACACUGUCUGCUCGCUGGAGAAAAAGUCACUCCUAAGAGACAAUGUGGAUAUAUUGGGCAGCUUAGCAGACCUGUAUUUCAGAGCUGGUGACAACAAGAACGCCAUUCUAAAAUUUGAACAGGCACAAAUGUUGGAUCCAUAUUUAAUAAAAGGGAUGGACGUCUAUGGUUAUUUAUUAGCCCGGGAAGGUCGCCUUGAGGAUGUGGAAAACCUUGGGUGCCGGCUUUUCAACAUCUCUGAUCAGCAUGCAGAACCUUGGGUAGUAUCUGGCUGUCACAGCUUCUACAGCAAGCGCUACUCACGGGCGUUGUACCUGGGCGCCAAAGCCAUCCAGCUGAACAGCAACAGCGUGCAGGCCCUGCUGCUGAAAGGUGCCGCUCUGCGGAACAUGGGCAGAGUGCAGGAGGCCAUCAUCCACUUUCGCGAAGCAAUACGGCUCGCGCCUUGCAGGCUGGACUGCUACGAAGGUCUCAUUGAAUGCUAUUUGGCCUCCAAUGGCCUCCGUGAGGCCACCGUUAUGGCAAAUAACGUGUACAAGACGCUGGGAGCCAACGCUCAGACACUGACGCUCUUGGCCACGGUUUGCCUGGAGGACCCUGUGGCCCAGGAGAAAGCCAAAACCUUGCUGGACAAAGCCCUGAUGCAACGCCCCGAUUACAUCAAAGCCGUGGUCAAAAAGGCUGAGCUGCUGAGCCGAGAACAGAAGUAUGACGACGGAAUCGCUCUGCUGCGCAAUGCCUUGGCGAACCAGAGCGACUGCAUCCUGCACCGGAUGUUGGGGGACUUUCUCGUAGCGGUCAAUGAAUAUCAGGAAGCCAUGGACCAGUACAGUAUUGCAUUAAGUUUGGAUCCCAAUGAUCAGAAGUCACUGGAAGGAAUGCAGAAAAUGGAAAAAGAAGAAAGUCCCACAGAUGCAACCCAGGAAGAAGAUGUGGAUGACAUGGAGGGGAGUGGAGAGGAAGGUGACCUUGAAGGCAGCGACAGCGAGGCAGCCCUGUGGGUCGAUCAGGAGCAGUGGUUUCGUGGGCAGUGAGGCAGCCUCGGAGGACGAUCCAGCACUUAAGGCGCAAGGGAUGGUCGGGGUCCUGAUCUUCCUUGGCAUGGACAGGAACGCAGAUUGAGGGGCAGGCUGAGGCACUGAGCCAUUAAAAAAAAAAGAAAAUUUGAUUUCUACAUUGUGCUUGUAACGCUAUUUAUUGACUGUGCAGGCUGAGCGACUUGAUUGAGGGGGGAGCAGAGACUGCUGUCAAACAGUGAUGUUGAGUUCUUUCUAAAAUUAGACCCUUUAAAGAAAUCUAAAGCCUUUCCCGGACAUGCGCCAGUGUUACAAAUCGUUGCAAACUAAUUAUGCUUUAUCCCCAGUGGCGUUAAUGGUGGGCUGCUCUUCUUUCCUUUCACAAAUGAGGGCUUUAUUCAGAGUCUUUAGAGGCCCAAACGCCUCCAGAAACAGGCAGGAGUCUUGUAUUGAGGGAGCAAAGCUUUUUCCAACCUUUUCCCCCCAACUUCUCCUGGGUUUUGAGGAUGCUUGGCGUGCGUGUUUUUGAAACAGAAGCGUGCCACUUCAGGAUUCUAAUUGACAAACAACUUUGGAAAGCAGAUAUGGAGAAAUCAGUCCUUUCUCUAAAGCUUAAUGCAUGCAUGACUUUCCCUUUAAACUCUGCUGUGGAUAUUAGAUAAAGUGAGAUGGAUCAGCGCCAAGGAAGGAACAGCCAAGAAAAGGCUCUUACUUCAGUUUCUUACCUGCUCACCCCAAUUAGUGUUAAGCUUCCUCCCUUCCCUGUCUAGAUUACUAUUAAAAACAUUUGCUCAGA